AUGCCUUCCCAAGCUGCGAUAGCUUUCGGCUUGCUCAUUCCCGUUACGCUCGUCUUUGCUCGUACCUUCUCUCAAAACAGCACACCAAUGAACAAAAUGGCUGUGUCACCACCACCGCGCCCACAAAGGCCUCCAUUUUCGAGCAUAUGGACGCAGAUGUACCCGCCGUCUCCUCCAUUUACCGAGAAGCGUCUACCGGAUCUCGGAGGGAAGGUUUAUGUCGUGACUGGUGCAUCCGGCGGCGUAGGCAAGGAAGUAGCGCGCAUACUUUACAGCAAAAAUGCCAAAGUCUUCAUCGCAGCCCGAAGUGAGAAGAAAGCCACUGCUGCCAUAGCCGAUAUCCAAGCGACAUGCCCGAAGUCGAAGGGAUCAUUGGUAUUCCAGCACCUUGACCUUGCCGACUUGGCAACGAUCAAAGGCUCGGCCGAGAGCAUCACCUCGCAAGAGAAACGUAUCCACGUUCUGUUCAACAAUGCAGCUGUUCAGGCUCUCGAGAACGAUGCGCCAAAGACGGCACAGGGCCACGAGAUCCACUUUGGCGUCAACGUACUCGGCAACUUCCUUUUCGCCAAAUGCCUCACCCCGACACUCGUUCAGACUGCCAAAACCGAACCCGCUGGUUCUGUGCGCAUGGUCUGGGUCUCAUCACUUGGACUAGAAAUGGUCGGUGAGAUGUCUCAUGGUAUUACUUUGGACUACCUCAAAUAUUGGCCUGCCUGCAAGCCCCUCGAGCGGUACGGUAUCAGCAAAGCGGGAAACUGGCUGUAUGCUGUUGAAUUUGCACGACGAUACAAGGCUGACGGUGUCGUAUCGGUGCCUUGCAACCCUGGCCAUCUGCGUUCUGAUUUAUAUCGUGACGGUGGAUUCUUGUUCAGAACCAUCAUCAACGCUUUCAUUGCGUACCCUUCAAAAUAUGGCGCAUACACCGAGGUGUUUUCAGGACUUUCUCCUAGCCUGACAAUCAACGAUACUGGCAAGUGGGUAGUGCCUUGGGGCCGAGUGCAUCCUCUGCGAGAGGACUUGCAUGUCGCCGCGAAGCCGGUCACUGAAGGAGGUAAUGGUCACUCGAAAGCUUUCUGGGAUUGGAGCGAGGAUCAAGUCAAGGAAUUCCUUUAA